AUGGAGGAAGAGUUUGAGAUCAUAGAUCUCCCAGAUGGAUAUCAUAUCUCCGAACUGAGCGCAGAUGAUCGCGCGAUCCAACCUUUAGUAGCAGCAAUGCAGCUGACCGUCAACCGAAACGAAAGAAAUAGAGGAGGGCCCCUAUUCCAUGCGGAUCUUAGGCUGUCGGAUCUAACAGGCAGGGACUUUGGAAUGAACAUCAUCUACGAAAUGUUUUCCCGCGGCUUACCCAAUAAACGUCGAAUGAUGUCCUGCGAAAUAUGCGAGACGUUUAUCAGAGAUUUCGGCAAUCUUUGCUUUCUCUCUGAUGAUGGAACACUUGUGCCAUUUAUCUGGCCAGGCGAAGACAUCGUCCCGGAUUAUUACAGACAAGCAGUAGCCAAUGUGAGGAAGUUGUUUGUGGGGCGUCCACUCGGGGAAGAGUUCCGGAGUCACCUCGAGACUGCUCAACAAUGGUUAGCCUACUACGCACGCAAGUCUGGAAAUUUUGAUACUUACGACCACAUGGACGUUAGUGUUCUGGGUCAUGUUCGGGCUUACCAUGGACCAACGAAAUCGGAGCAUCUCGCUGAAGUUCUAGAAAGAAUACUAGCAGGUAAUGAUGAGAAGACAAUCACUCAGACUUACAUGAUUUUGAUGAACGAUGUUUUACCUCAUGUCAAAUUAUACCAGCCAUGGAUUGCAUGGCUAAAGAACGUUGCCAUUGCUAUGAAAGUACAGGACGAUCUCAGACCCGAAGCUCGAAAGGGCCUGAUUGCUAAAUACUCAUUCUUGGCAGCUGAAGGUUGUCUACCUUCAUUAUACAAUGGUGACCUAGCAAAGUUGAUGUCGUUUGUUAGAGCUGGCGAAAGUAUAACAUCCAUUCAGUCAAAGGGGAUGCAAAUAGUAAAUCCUCAGGACGGAAUACUGCCAAAGGAUAAAGCACGUACAACGUCAAGAUUGAUUUCGGACCUAGGUUAUAACACAACGUUAUUUAUCAAAAUCGGUCAGAUUCCAACAUGUGCCUAUCUUUGGACCGAUUCUUCCAAGCCUUCCGCCAUACCAAGACCACUAUUUCAGCCUCUCGAUUCCAAAAGACAAAGCGUUCCAAUGACUGUUCAGGAUGCUCUCGACAGGGCACCUAUCAAGAAAAUUUGUUUCCGCAAAUUCUGCUUAGAAGUUACUCCGCAAGCAUUCUCACUCUCAAUUUAUAUCACCGAAGAAUCAAAACAUGCUGAGAAUCUCCACUUCCUCACCACAGGCGUAGAUGAUCCCGUCGGAAGAACCAAGCCCAUAUAUACGUUUCAAAAGCCAGGGGAACACACAGCAUCAUGGUUUAAAGCUUCACAUAUAAGAUCUCCCGAAGAAGCGAAUCUGUGUGCUGGCUGGGUUAAAGUUAAAUGCAUCAUCUCAUUUCCUCACAUGUGGGAUUAUUUUCAAGCCCAUCAGAAGUCUACUAAUCAUCAAUUCUUCAAUCCUAUGGCCCAUAGGGGAUUCGAGCACAAGGAUUUGGGCAUGAAGUUUUUGCUCGUUCUAGAUGGAAUUAACGAUAAUCAUGGAAAAGGCUCUGAUCUAUCGGCUGAGCUGUUAAACGAAGAGCUGAGGUGUUUCAGCAGGGAACAAUUAGAGUCUUACAGGGACUCGAAAUCUAUACGAGGCUCACAUAUCAAUGGACAUGUAGGUGGGGUUGCGAUUGAAUCUGACAGAUUCAGGAAAGUGAUGCUCGGGGUAAGGAUGAAGAGUGGUGAGUUCGUGAGAUAUGAGGUUGUUAAGUACAAGUACUAUGUAGAACAAUUUGGGGGACGUUGA